AUGGCGGGCAAUGGCGCACCCAGCACCCAAUACCUGGCCCCUCCGGCCGUCACGGCUCUGCGGCAGGAGGCCCGGAGCAUCGAUCCAAAAGUUUCUCCUCUCACCCGAACGCUGAGCGACGAUAUGCGGGAAGAACGCGAGGAUUUGAAGGAAGCCGCUGAGCAGACCCUGAACAUCAUUGUCGAUCUGGAUCUCGACGGUCGUGUCAAAUGGGUUAGCCCCUCAUGGAAACAGGUCGUUGGCUAUCCGGCAGAGUCGGUGGAGGGUCGAAUGAUCUCGGAUCUGCUCGUCUCCAACACCGAGGUGUUCCAUGACGCGAUCGAAGCGAUGAAGAUCGACGACUCGCGGAGUCGCUUCAUUCGAUUUGCCGUGCAAAUGGGCCCCGACUCCGUCUUGAAGUACUCCCCCGAACCGAAGCCUCCGUCUCCCGAUUUGACGGCAGCGACCGAAGAGCCCGGAGAGGAUGAAUCCGCUGCAGCGCAAGAAACCCAGCCAGCGCAAUCAGAAGAUUAUACUCAUGACAUUUUGACUAUGGAGGGACAAGGAAUCAUGGUGUUUGACCGUUCGGCACAGGGUGCUGACCAUACCAUGUGGAUGCUGCGUCCAUUCACAGAGCCGCGCGAAGUGACAAUUGAUCUUCCCCCGCUUCUGGUCGAGUCGCUGGGCGUCGGAGCCGAAGUGUUGGCUAACUACUUGACUGUCCUGGCCGAGGCCGCCGCUCGAGAGCCCGAUCCCGCGAAGCAACCUGCCCCCAACCCGGUGCUCUGCCGUAUCUGCGAGCGUCAGAUCACUCCCUGGUGGUUUGAAAAGCAUUCAGACCUCUGUCUUCAGGAACACCAGGCCGAGAUGGAGGUUCAGAUAGCACAGGAAAACCUCAAUGAACACCGCCACGCCAUCGUCAAGGUCCUCGACGCCCUCGAAGCGCGUCAAAGCAGACCGCUGCCCGAUGGAAAUGUGGUUGUGAUAUCCCAGCCAGAGUACAAAGGCCUGCCCAUUGGCCCAUCCCCGCCCACUUCUGGUCAAUCAUCAGGCGCUGCAUCAGGCGCCAGCUCUUCUCCCGGUACUCCACCGAGAUCCAGAGAGCAAUCGGUGUCCGGUCUCGCGCAUAAUCGAGCCCGCUCGUUCGCCGUGCGACGGCCGCUGGCUCGCAUCGUCGAACUUAUCCUCGACCUAUGUGACACCGCUCUUGAGAUCAGUACACCCGCGUUGAAGGAGUCUCGUGCGGAUACCGGGGAUGAGUUCCGCACCCUCUCUCCACAGUCUGAAUCCCGGAUUUCCCAGGUCCUUCAGUGGCAAUCCCCCAGCUCGAACACCUUGGAACAAGAACAAGGCCUGGCCGCCCUGGCCGCCGAUACUGAACAGGUGGCCAAAGUCAAAGUGGAUGCAGUCGUGCGGCAUCGCAAGAUUGUCGAGUAUGCCGAGCGGAUCCGCAUCGAGUAUACCGUUCUAGUUGAAGAGUGCAUCACAGCUGCUCUCAGCAAGGCGGAGCGCAUCGCCGCCGGUCAACUUUCGGAUUCUUCAUCUUGCUCGUCAGAUGAGGACGUUUCCGAAGAUACCGCAAACCUGUCCAGAAUCCCGAGCCAUGAACCGUCUCUACCACCGACCACUUCGGCAUUAACCAUGUCCAUGCGCAAUUCUCCCGACCGAUUCCUUCCUGGUCAGUUGGUGGAAGGCAGGUCCUCUUCUGUCGCCGUGUCGACUGGGUCCAACAGCCCAAUGGAAUGUCCCACCCCUCGGUCACAUAAGAGCAUUGCCGGCGUCCUCGGAACAUCCCUGCCUUCGAGACGGGGCACCCUGCUCACAGACCUCGACACGGGAGAAAAUAGUGAUAGCAGCAUUCUGUCAUCGACCUUGCCCGGUGCCAUCCGCACCGACUCUCCAUCCUCCGAGAGAAGUGUGGACAGAAAGCGCCGGAGCCUGGUGCUCCCUGGCCUGUCUUCUUCUCCCCGGCGGCAGCACUCCCCUGCCAGAAUGUCCGGGCCACACUCGCCGUUACGCAUGCCAAAGCCCCGGCUCUCCAGCGGGGCCGAAAGCAUGCCGUCUCCCAUAGUGUCACCCUCGGUGCAUGCUGGCGAACUGGCACAUCAUCACUUUCGUCAUCAUCGACGGCAAUCAUCUGCGACUUCAUCUGACUUUCCUAAACCACCAAUUUCUCCACGACUGACGUCUGUCAGCCAGCCCCAGCCUCGUCCGGCACCCCCAUCCAUCAAAGAUUUUGAGAUCAUCAAGCCCAUCAGCAAAGGUGCCUUCGGUAGUGUUUAUCUCUCUAAGAAGAAGACCACCGGGGAAUAUUUUGCGAUCAAAGUUUUAAAGAAGGCUGAUAUGAUCGCGAAGAAUCAGGUGACGAAUGUCAAGGCUGAGAGAGCGAUCAUGAUGUGGCAGGGAGAAAGUGAUUUUGUCGCAAAGCUCUACUGGACAUUCUCUAGCAAGGAGUAUCUCUAUCUGGUUAUGGAAUAUCUCAACGGCGGUGAUUGUGCGUCUCUGGUCAAGAUCCUUGGCGGGCUCCCCGAAGAUUGGGCCAAAAAGUAUGUAGCCGAAGUCGUUCUCGGAGUCGAACAUCUUCAUAGCCGGGGUAUCGUCCAUCGCGAUCUCAAACCCGACAAUCUCCUCAUCGAUCAUUCCGGUCAUCUCAAAUUGACCGACUUUGGACUGUCGCGCAUGGGUCUUGUUGGGCGUCAGAAACGAGUGUUGAAGAGCCCCGAAGAGCCCGCCCCGGAUCUUCUGAAGCAGGGCCCGUUCAUGCGGGCGAUGUCGAUCGCGUCUUCGCGAUCUGCCUCCUUCGACUUCCAGGGCGGUCAAUCUCCCUGCUCAACGCCAUUAAUCACUCCCGACAUUGCCGGCAGUAUCAGCCAACCGUCGUACUUCAGCCUCAACCAGAGCGGCCUCAGCCGCCAGAACUCGCGUCGCGCUUCGGGCUACCGGAGUGACAGCGGCGGCAGUGAUUCUUUAAAUGCCAUGUUCCGCACUUUCUCUCUCAAUGAAGGCACGGAAACCCCGGCUCCCCUACCCAUCGCCGGUGUGGAGGAUGAGGUAACGAGCGAGCCAAGUGAAUCCCCGUACUUGUUCCCCAUGCAGCCAUCGAGCAGCUACCCAACUCCAUCCAUCUUUUCACAUCUAGGCACGCCGCCACAGCAAUCGAUGAUGCCUCCGAUUAUGGCGCUCUUUGAUCCAGAUGACCACAACCGAAGAUUUGUCGGCACACCAGAUUACUUGGCCCCCGAGACGAUUCAUGGUAUCGGUCAAGAUGAAAUGAGUGAUUGGUGGUCUCUGGGAUGUAUCAUGUUCGAGUUUCUGUUCGGCUACCCGCCCUUCAAUGCCGACACCCCGGAUGAGGUCUUUGAGAACAUUCUGAACCGACGUAUCAAUUGGCCUGAUGACCCGGAAGACUACGCUUCUGCCGAGGCCAUCGAUUUGAUAAACAAAUUGAUGGCGAUCGAUCCUCAAGAGCGCAUCGGCGCGAAUGUGGGGGAGAAGUUCCCGAACGGCGGAGCCGAGAUUCGUAAUCACGCUUGGUUCUCGGACAUUAACUGGGACACCUUGCUGGAGGAUAAAGCCCAGUUCGUCCCCAACCUGGAGAACCCGGAAGAUACCGAGUAUUUUGAUUCCCGCGGUGCCACCCUGCAAGCCUUCACCGAGGAGCUAGAAGAUCACACCUCGCCGCAACCCGCCUUGGCCGCUGGGCCUUACGUUGAUCGACCGCACGAUGCACUGUUCAAGGUCCGGUCACAAGUGAACGCGAUCAAACGGCCGUUGAUGCCCCUGCAUAUUCCACCUCAUGUCCGCGACUCCCGCAGCAGACGUCUUAGCGAACCGGUGCUGGCAGAUGACUUUGGAAACUUCACCUUCAAGAAUCUUCCGAUGCUGGAAAAGGCGAACAAAGACGUGAUAAACAAACUACGGCAAGAGGCCCUACAGGCACAGCAACGCCAGCCUGCAUCCACUGCGCCGCCUCCGCCUGUUCCUCCGUCAGGGCCUUCGCUUGAUGGCAGCCCCUUACCCAUGUCACUCCAGCGGACCUUGUCGCAGACUAAAGGCAGCAACCGGCCAUCGUCCCCCUCGAGUAUGAGUCAAGCAAACUCCUCGCCCAGUCGCCCCUCACAACCGUCUUCGCCGCUUCUCGUCCAAUUCAGCACUGGUCAGAACCAUGAGCGACGGAAGACGUCUGGCUCCUCGUCUGCCAACUCCCAUCAAUCCAGUGGCUCAUUCCCAGUAGGCAAUUCGGAGCAGGGCCGUGUGUCAAACCUCAAGCUCGGUGGGUCUGCAGCCUCCUCGCCCAUCAAACAUAGCAGGAUCACGACACACUCGCCUGAAAAAACCACCCCGGGCAGCCAAACGAAAGUGACUACGCCAGUAACGACUAGAGCACGCUCGCAGACGAUCGGCUCCCAGGAUGGUGAUGCCGGAUCGGUCAAGGAAUCGUAUUUUGCCGGUCACUACAAGCGCCGUAGCCAGUUGUUGCUUGAUAUCUCACCCUCCUCGUCGGACAACGAAGACCCUCGCACCAAGGCACUCCUCAAGGUACAGCGUCGCCGACAAAGCUCGCGGCGCCUAUCCCAAAUCGGCCUCAUGGACGGACCAUUCUUCCGGCCCUUGGACGUGCUUAUUUGCGAAGAUCACCCUGUGUCGAGACUGGUCAUGGAACAUCUUUUUGAAAAGCUCCGCUGUCGCACAAUCACGGCUCUCAACGGGGCAGAGGCGAUGCGCUAUGCCUUUAGCGAAGUGCAGUUUGAUAUUAUAAUGACUGAGGUGAAGUUGCCGCAGGUGAACGGGGCUGAUUUUGCGCGCAUGGUCCGAGAGAGCCGCAGCGUCAACCGACACACGCCCAUCAUUGCCGUGACCGGGUACUUGAAGGAUCUUCCGGAAACCCAUCACUUUGAUGCGCUGAUUGAGAAACCCCCGACUCUCUCCAAGCUUACCGAGGCGCUGUGCAAGUUUUGCCAGUGGAAACCGCCACCGAAAGACUUCACUCCAACUCAACCACUGGCGGUCUCUUCAUCGGGUCUCCGCCAGACGCCUCUGCGGGCUGAAGAUAGCCCCAGUUCCACCUCGUCCGGGUUUGCACCUCUCCCGCCCAGCUCGUAUCAGGGGUCCAGCCGUGCCGAUUCUGUGGGCAGCAGCUACUUUGGAGACAUGGAGUCCAUCAAGGCGGAGGAUAUCCCUGUGAUUAUCAGUCGCCAUAACGAUGAAUGGGGCGGAAGCCAAAGCGGAUUGGGCAUCUCAGAGGACACUGUCACCGCCGUUCAGUCUGGUCCGGAACCUCCCAAGUCCAGUAGUACUCCAAACUCGGUCCCCUUUCCAAGUCUCCUUCACACCACCUCUGCACCUGCGGCGAUGGAUCCAGCCGGCACCCUUACUCCUCGAAAGCAGCGUUCAAGCGAGGCGAUCCGGGCCAAACGCGAGUCGCUGGAAAAGAAACGCUACGAGUGCGCCGAGUCUGGUGAUGACGAGGAUGAAGAACUGGGGAAUGCGCAUGUACGGAACCACAGCCCUAAUACCAAGGCGCCGCGCCCCGGAUCGAAGCUCGGCAUCGAAAUGAUGAGAACCAACAGCCGUGGCAGCGUGGUCAGUGGUAGCGAGGAGAUUCUCAAGAAGGAACGAGAGGCGCUGGAAAAGUUCCGCACGGGCGAGGACGACAAUGCAUCAUCGGCAGGAGGCUCGCCGCUAGGGAACAGCCCGUCUCUGGCCGAGCGAUUCGAUCGGCUAUUCAUACCUGAGGAGGCGAUUGAAACCGUGCCCGAAGAAGAUGAGACUCGACCAUCGUCGGCGGAGGAAAAGUCAGAGGUUAAGCCCCGGUUCACACCCUUCCACAGUCAACGACCGACUCUAUCCCAAUACGAGACGGAGAUCUACUCUGGUUCUCGCCCCAAAUCAUUCGUCUCUGGCAAGGGCCAGCUUACUCCUCCCGUUUUGUUUCCCCGGUCUGCCAGACCUGGUGAUAUCAGCUCCGAGAAUGCAUCAAACCUCGACCCCGAGGCGAUCUCGACCCCCGACUCUGAAGCGACUCCUCGGCCUCCGCAGUCGUCGUCGCCUAGCCUGGAUAUUGAGCGGACACCAAGCCGAACCGCACGAGGGCGAUUCAGCUUCUACAAGUAA